AUGUGGCCAUUUUUACUUGCUUUAGAUAGAGCCUUGGUCGUACAGCCUUCUUUACAAUCAAGAGAUGUAAAUAGAUUACGUAAAUAUGUAAAGUAUAUCUUUAUAUCAUUUGUAGUUAUAUUUGUAUUUUCAAAUUAUGUAUUGGUAAAAGAUAUAGAUACGACAUCAACGACAGCAGCAGAUGUUGGUGGUAAAAGACAUAAAGGUCCUCGUCGUGAUAUCAUCGAUACAACAGACGAUUACGAAAAGAUGUUGGAUUUGGACGAGACAAUGGACAAGAUGUUCUUGCACAAGAGACAACCAUUGUUGAGUAACACUAGAUGUUCAUACGUUGGAGACAAUAACAACAAUGGUACAAAGAUUACAUUGUUCUUUUAUCAAGACGAUCGAUAUGAAAAGGACGACCGUGGAACCGACGAAGCCAUCGAAGACUAUGUACUCUACUCGCACAACAAUGUAUUAGAGAUUGACAAUAAUGUGUUGCCAGUAACCGACCAAAUGGUAACUAUCAAUGCAUUGUACGAAGACAGAGUCAAUACACUUGGCACACUAGCCAUGCUCUACAACCCCAAACAAUCACUCAAAAAGCAAUUGGAUUUUGGUGCAAAGUUGGCUAAAUGCAAAUUACUCAUCGUAGGUCAUCCACACGAUUACCAACAAUUCCAAACAUCUCUAGACUCAACCUCUGAAAUGAAUAGAGAUAUCGUUAUUGAAGGUCUUCCCUAUUACUACAACACUGUCAUGAAUAGAUUAAACAAGGAUACUGACAACCAAAGAAUGCAAGAGAAACAUUUGGUUGUCUUUUUGGACACUUCUAUUGUAUCAAAGUACCAAUUGACCACAACAUAUACAAAGCCUGCCAAUCUCUACAAAACCAUUACUAUCGACCAAUUCCACUGUUCACCUUUAUCCAACAUUCUUGUUGGUUAUUCACCUGCCCUCAUCAACAAUAAUUAUUUUACCUGGUUCAAUUCUAUCGUCCUCCAACAAUUAUUUGCCAUUUCACUUGGAAGAGUUUUAUUCAUUCCAGAAUUAACAAAUUUUAAUAUAUUUUUAGAUUUUAACAAUUGUAAAGAUUUAGAUCUUGGUAAUUUAGAAGUAAUCAAUAGUAUUGAUAAAAUUCAUGAAAGUGAAUCUCAAGUUUUAAAAUUAAAAGAAGGUUUUGAAACUGAAAUUUCAGAAUACUUGAAUGGUGUAUGGGAUUUAACCAUUUUAAUGAAAGAGAAUAGAAAAUUUUUAGAACAUAUGAUUGAUAAACAAAUCGAAUUGUAUGAAGGAAGAAUUGAUGAAAAAGUAGACAAAAAGAAAUGUAUUACCAUUGUUCAUAGAUUAAAUGAAGAAGAGGUGGAAUUUGCUGAAUACGUUUCAUCACUCAUUGCUCAUUAUGAAUUGACCAAGAAUAGAGAAUAUAUAUUUGUGGUUUCAAAUGACCCAAUCAAAGGAUACGAAAGAGAUGUUAAUUUACAGGCUUUGGCUGAAAAGGCAUACCAAAGUGAAAUGAUGGCCGUUCCAGUCAACAAAAUCAAUUUCAACAGCAGUACAACAGCAAUUGAAUAUUUUUCAACUGUCAUCCCAUUGUCUCGUUGUGAAUUAAUCAUUGGUGAUUUAUCAUCUGAUCUUGGUCAAAUGAUUGUUUCACUUUCACAAUCCAAAUUUAUCAAUUCACCAAAUAUAUUCUUCAACACUGAAAUUGCCACUAAACAAUCAAUUAGUAGUAGUGAUUGUGAAGAAGAGGCUUUAUUUUGUCCAAUCUCUUAG